AUGGCUGCCCCAGUGCUCCUCCACUGCCUCCUCCUGCUGCUGCUGCCCGCCCCCGCCCCGGCUCCCUGCCACACGGCCACGAAGGCCGAGUGCCGCAGAGCCCAGGGCUUCGUACCUGGCGUGCAGCUGGCUGGGGAAGCCGUGGACGUGACCACCCUCCGGCGCUUAGGCUACUAUCCCGUGGACAAGGAGCGCUUCCUACGGCCGGACGGCACCUGCACCCUCUGCCGCAGCCCCCUGAAGCCAGACACACUCUGGCUCCUGCCCCUAGCAUUCACCGCCUGGUGCCCCCAGGGCUCCGGCUGCCAGCGCCAGGUGAGCAAGAUCAAUGCCAUCUCCACAGAGGAGGUGGCCAGGGAGGUGUCCAAGAGCAUUACCAACGACUGGAAGGCGGGGCUGGACCUGAACCUCCACCCGAGCAGCACCGCACACGUGUCGAUGGCCGGCUCGCACUCCAAAGCAGCCAACUUUGCCGGCGAAAAGAUGCACGGAGACCGGUACAGCUUCACCAGGGAGCUGGUGGAGUGCCGCCUCUACCGCUUCCACCUGGUAUAUAGCCCUCCACUGAGUCCAGAUUUCAAGCAAGCCCUCAGGGCCCUGCCCCCCCACUUCAAUGCCUCCACCCAGUCAGCCUACCUCAGGCUCAUCUCCCACUACGGCACCCACUUCAUCCAGUCUGUGGAGCUGGGGGGCCGGAUCUCAGACAUCACGGCGCUGCGCACCUGCAAGCUCACUCUGGACGGACUCACGGCCAACGACGUGAGCAACUGCCUGACGGUCGAGGCCAUGCUCAGCAUCGGCGGCAAGGCCAGCUCCUCGGCAGAAGCCAAGGACUGCGAGGAGAAGAAGAGGCAGCACAAGGUGAAGGCUUCCUUCCACGAGACCUACAAGGAGCGCAUUUCCGAAGUGGUUGGGGGCCACCACGCCUCCAUCCAUGACAUGCUGUUUGGGAGCCAGGCUGGGCCUGAGCAGUUCUCCUCCUGGGUGACCUCACUGCAGGACACACCCGGGCUGGUGGACUACACCCUAGAGCCUCUGCAUAUGCUCCUGGGGGCCCGGGACCCACGACGGAAGGCUCUGAGGGAGGCCGUGAGCAAGUACGUGAGGGAUAGGGCACGCUGGAGGAACUGCAGCCGGCCCUGCCCGGCGGGGCAGUGGAAGGAUGCCAGUGACCCGUGCCAGUGUGUAUGCCAAAGUUCAGCGUUCACCAACAAGGACUGCUGCCCUCGGGAGAGGGGCAUGGCCCACCUGGAGGUGAGGCAUUUCCGAGCCGAGAACCUGUGGGGUGACCACAUCAGCCAAACGGACGCCUACCUGAAGAUCUCCUUUGCUGGCCAGGAGCAGCGGACCUACACCGUGUGGAACAACAAUUACCCCAGAUGGGCGACCAAGAUAAGCUUUGGGAACGUGCAACUCGCCACAGGGGGGUCCCUGAGGAUACAGGUCUGGGAUGAGGACUCCGGCUGGAAUGAUGACCUGCUGGGCACCUGCUACGAGACCCCACACUCGGGCACGCAUGAGAAAAAGUGCGCCCUGUCCCACGGCCACCUGACCUUCACCUAUGAAGCCCGGUGCUUGCCCCACCUGGCUGGGAACACCUGCAUGAAUUAUGCUCCCCAAGGCCUGCUCACAGAACCCCCGGGAAACCGAAGUGGGGCAGUGUGGUGAGGACAGAUGCCUGCCGCGGACCAGUGUGCCCAGGUUGCAAGGGGUUGCGCAGGGGGAACCAGGGCCGGCACUUAUGUCCUGAUUAGAUAGAAAACCGAGGCUUGCGGGCUGUGUGUUUUUCGUUCAGUUGAGCUGGCUGGAGCGUAGCAGGCUGAAGAGGGAGGGGGCUCUUACCUAGAGGCGCAGGUGCCACACUGCUCCAGCAGGCAAGACUUUCAGUGCUACCAGGUUUUCUCCUUUUUCGGAAUGAACCCCCAAUCACAGAUUCUCACGAGCAGUCUCCUGGCUUUUUUGAACUGUUGGCAAUCUUGUUUUGUAAACACAAAUAAGCCCUCUGUGGGCAAACAUGAA